CAUACUGUAAAUGAGGUUACUGCAAAUGGAGUGUAGAGAAGCUGCAGCAUGUUCUGUCACGUAGCUCGGCCUGACUCAGUGGUUAUGGAGGUGGAGGUUGAUCCCAAAGCGAAUGGAGAAGACUGCCUAAACAAGGUGUGUGAGAGACUUGGAAUCAUUGAGGUGGACUAUUUUGGACUGCAGUUCACUGGGAGUAAGGGGGAAAGCCUUUGGUUAAAUCUAAGAAACCGAAUCUCUCAGCAAGUGGACAGCAUGUUUCUAUGCAGACUGAAGCUCCGUGUGAAGUUCUUUGUAGAACCACACCUCAUCCUGCAAGAGCAAACAAGCCAUUUGUUCCUGAUGCAUGUGAAGGAAGAUCUUGUUCGAGGAAGCCUGAGACUGGACUCGGAGCAGGUGCUGGAACUUUGUGCCCUUUUGUCCCAGGCGGAAUCUGGCGAUUACAAUCAGAACACAGCCAAAUAUUUCUAUACACAAAUCUGUGGACAGGAAUCUGACCCAAGGACCAUGAACAGCAUCAUUGCGAGGCACAAAGAGCUCCAUGGCAUGGGUCAGGCUUCAGCGGAGUACCAAGCCCUGCAGUUAGUCUCAACUCUGGAGAACUACGGCGUCGAGUGGCACUGGGCACGGGAUGCUGAAGGACAUAAAGUAGGCAUUGGGGUGGGUCCCAAGGGGCUGUUCAUCUGCAAACAAGACUUCACACCUGUUAACAGAUUUAUAUAUCCAACCAUUCAGAUGGCCACACAGUCUGGGAAGAAUGUGUACGUGACUAUCACCAAGAACAGUGGAGAAAACCUUGUACUCCUGUUCAAAUUUAUCAGCACCAACGCUGCUAGUGGACUUUACCGAGCCAUAACUGAGAUCCACGCCUUCUACAGGUGCGACACUGUGACCAGCAGCGUGAUGAUGCAGUACAGUCGGGAUUUUAAGGCUCACCUGGCCUCCCUGUUCCUCAGUGAAAGUGUUGAUGUGGGAAAAAAGUAUAUCUUCGAUGUCCAGCGCACAUCCAAGGAGGCGUAUGACCGAGCUCGACGCACCCUGUUCAAGUCCUCUGCUCUUUCUCCAGCGAGGCGAAUGUCUACAGAGGAAGAGGAGGAGGAAGGCUCGUGUGAAGGCUGCAGGGAGACUCGUGCACUACAGAACAAACUCCAGAGACUACAGGAGGCUCUAACUUGUGUGCUGUGCUGUGAUAAGGAGAUCAAUACGGCCUUCUGCUCUUGUGGUCACAUGGUCUGCUGUAAACUCUGUGCUGGCCAGCUUCAGUGGUGUCCGGUGUGUCGUUCAGAGAUCGAUCGCGUUCAGCAUGUCUACUUGCCCACUUGUUCCAGUCUGCUGAACCAUAUGAACAUGUGAGAAGUGCACACAAAAACAUGCCAGAGGGUUCAAGAAGCAAUGACCAGACCAGAACACUCAUCGAUCAAGCAUUCAUCGAGUAAGCCAGCACAGACUCGAACGCAUGUGUUGAUGUGUGGAGACAUGUUUUCCUCAUGGAACCUGCUGAUCUCGAAUAUGAGAACUGAAACACCAUCACACUGUCAUCUCCUAAUGUUAAGCACAAUGCAAUGUUAUUAUUUUCUCCUCAAAGUGAGAACAUUUUUGUAUUUAUUUGCUUUCCUUUAGAAGUUAAUUAAUGAAAUAUUGUCUUAAUACUGACUGAAUGCUGAAAAGCUCAGCAGGUUAUAAUGCAAUUUUAUUACUUUUUAAGAAACUAAUAACUUUAAAUGCUAAACACUCCAUGUUCCUUAAAGUUCCUUAUGUAACUUUAAAUAGUCUUUUUUACAGUGUUACAGUGUACGCCUUUUCAAUGUAAUUGAAUUAUACCAAUUUAUACAGUCAUCACUUUGCAUAGGGUUUUUAUAUUCUUAGUAUAUUCACACAAAGUGUUUCUCAGGGUGUUACAUUUCUGUCUUUCAGUGAGGCAGAGGAUAUAUAAAAUUUUUUUUUUUUUUUUACAUUUAGCACAUUUCCAUGUUCGCCAUCAUGAGAUGCUCUGUGGUAAAUCUUACACUUACAUUUACAGAGUUUUAUUUGUAGUGAGUGACAUUUCACUGGAUGUGGGUGGAUAAUUGAUUUCUAGAAUUUUCUCCUUUCAUUUAUUCUUCUCAGUGCUUCAGUUUUGCUUUCAGCUCCCUCUCUAAAACUGUUUUAUGCCAAAGGUAUACACUUACAAAGAUGGUAUGGAUGAUACAGACAAAGGUUUGUGGACACCUGACCAUUGAAGAUGGUGCUUUUUGAACAUCCCAUUCCACAUUUAGUUCCCAUUUACUGUUAUAAUGUAACCUCCACUCUUCUGGCACGAGGGUCAAAUAGAUGUUGGAAUGUGCUUAUGGAGAUUUGUGCUCAUUCAGCCAUAAGGAUGUUAGUACUGAUGUCAGGUACUGAUGUAGGUGAUGUGAGGAGGCCUGGGGUGCAGACAGCAUAUUACCAAAUUUAUCCCAAAGGUGUUCAGUGGGGUUGAGUUCAAAGCUCUAUAGCAGGCCACUCAGGAUCUUCCCAUGUAAACCCAAUGUAAACCAUAUCUUCAUGGAGCUGUCUUUGUGCACAGCAGAGAGGUUGCAGCAUUGUUAUAAGUCUCCUAGUUUAUGCAUCCAGAGACCUCCAAUACAAUGUUGUACCUCCAUCUUUGUGGUAACAGUUUUGGGAAGAACCACAUAGGGAUGGAAUAUUCAGGUGUCCAAAUACUUUUGUCAUAUGGAGUCUGUGUAGCAUAUUUACUUUGAACAAUUUCUUUAUUAUUUGAAGAUCAUCACAAGUGUUAAUUAAUUAUUAUACAGAGCUGCUUUACAAAGCAUACUGACUUUAAAGCUUUCAGUAGAAUCUGUUUAGGUUUUGUGCAUUUCAAUAUACUUUAUUUCUUUCAUUUUUUUACUAUGACAAUUGUGGAUUUUUAAUAUGUGAAACAUUUAUACUUUUAUAUUCAAUUAGGUUUGUUAAUAAAAUUAUAAUAAAAGCAUUACA